AUGGGGAAAAUAGUGAGCACUCUUGGGAGGAUGAUCAAACAAGAUCAAGCUACUAUGAAUAGAGAUAAACUAGAGUUUGCUCGAGUUUUAAUAGAGAUGGAUAUCUCUAAAGGCUUUCCGAACUCGAUCAAAUUUGAAGAUGAAAAAGGGAGUCUAAUUUAUCUGGAGGUUUCUUAUGAAUGGAAACCAGAAAAGUGUGUUACUUGUAAUGGCAUAGGCCAUACUAGUAAUGUGUGCAAGAAGGCAAAAGUUGUGGAACAAAUGAAGAAAAUAUGGAAACCGAAAGAGGUGACAGAAACAGUGACAAAUCCUCCUGAGAAAGAAAUAGAGGAAGAUUAG